AUGAACGUGGGUAGCUUGACCAAGAUCGGUCUGAUCCUGGUGGCGCUUGUGCUGGCGAAGGGUGACCACUGCUGCUGUGUGUCUGCUGGAUUGGGGUUGAGUCGUACGUUGUUGGGUAAGACUGUGAUGGGUAAGGGUGAGCAGUAUUGUCAUGAGCAGGCGGAGGUGCAGAAGGAGGAGAACCCUGCGUUGGCUCUUGGCGAUGAGGAGCAGCGUAGGAAGAAGAAGAGCGGUCAGGCGAGGGCUCCCAUGGUCGGUGCUGCUGCUGCAGGUCAUGGCCAUAGUGUCCGUGAGGCUGAGAGUGAGAGUGGACUCUGUCACGAAGAGGAGAGGAAUCCUGCGACUCUGACUGUCUGCUCAGAGGGGAGGGCAUAUGCUGUGAAUGGUGAUGGUUGUCAGGUUGUGGCGGGUGGUCGUGCGGGUAAUAGCCCAUAG